GAGCGGGGACGGCGCGUCGCUGGAGCACCGGACGCGACGAGGUGCCGUCGCUAUGGAGACGCAGCCACGCAUGCGCUGUCGCCGCGGGGACGGCUUCCGGCGCCGCCAUGAGGGAGGGCGUGCUGUCGCCUGGCAACGCAGCCCGCACGCACGGCCUGAAGUCCGAGGGGGUGACCACGGCCAGCCCCACGAAGAUGCUUUACGUCAUGUCAGACACCCAGCUGUCUGCUGCACGGACCGUGUCUGUGAUGGGUCAGCUUGUGCUGGAAGUGGACGGCAUCAGAGUGUGAGUGAAGAUUCUUUCUUUAUGGAUCCUUUCCAAAAGGAGAUUUUCGGGAUUGAGGCAGUUGAAGAAAGAGUGAAGCCAGGGGCAGUCCCUGUGGAGAGGACCUCAGGAACUGAGCUUCCCCACCACUGUCUCAGCAAGGAGACAGACGCAGUUCCCAUUCCUGCUCUGCACAUGGAAAGGUGUGUUGGUUUCACCCCUGAACUGAUGUCUGUGAGCACCUGUCUUCUCCACCUGAACACUUGCCUUUCCUUACCUGACAUUAGCCCUCUGGUUCUUCAUUCCUACAUCCUGGCUGUCCUCGCCUCUUUUCCUCGGCGUAAAGACUGGAGUAGUCUUUCCACAUCCCCAUUGGAAGAAGAACUUCAGAAGAUCCCAGACCCAGUGAGUAACAUGUGCUUGGCUGAUGGAGUUUUUGGCCGUUCUGUGGCAUGGAAUGCAACCAGCAUGGAAGCAUCGUUUGUCGCUGUGGAUUCUGAGUCAGAUUUCUCACCCUGUGCUCAUGAUGGGACCCGUCUGGUGCAGGCAAUCCGGUGCCGCCCCAAGCGCCCAGUGUGCAGUGGAACAGCGUCCUGCAUCCUUCCAUCAACCAGUCAGGCUUUGUGCAAGACCCAGGUAUGUGAGUUGGGUUUGGAGCUCAUGGUACAAAUCUGUUUGUGCAGCUGGGUGCGUAAGUGAGAAGUGCCUGGCCUGAUGACGUGCAUUCUGUGCUGAGAUAGCACCUGGAGGCUGUGCCAGCGCUGUUUGCUGCAAGCGUUCCGG